UUUUGCUCGAGAGAAGAGUGGCAUAGCACCAGAUCUGGAAACUUCCUUUUGUAGUUUUCCUUAUUAAAAAGAGACACUUCUUGCUAAUCUUUUUAUACAAGUGUACUUUGGUAGCAACCUCAAGGAACAUCUCUCCUGUCCUCUGUUCAUUGAAUAUGUACUAUGGAACAUGUUGGAGAAUAUGAAAGAUGCCCCACGUCAUCACGCAUGUACUGUGUGGAGAGACAAGUAUAUAGUCAAGGAAUCCUACAAGAGCAGCUGCAUACAAAGGACAAAACACCCCAGCCUCUUGGUCAAAAGAUAGCACGUGUUCUUCGCUGUUCUUCCAAGAAAGCCAAAUCGGUUCUCUACAGCUUUUUCCCUAUUUUAAGAUGGCUUCCUCACUAUCCUGUGAAAGAAUAUUUGCUGGGAGAUGUGAUCUCAGGGAUCAGCACGGGGGUCAUGCAGCUCCCUCAAGGAUUAGCAUAUGCAUCGCUGGCUGCAGUCCCUCCAGUGUUUGGCCUGUAUUCUUCAUUUUAUCCAGUCUUUCUGUAUACUUUUUUUGGAACUUCCAGACAUAUAUCAAUAGGAACGUUUGCUGUGAUCAGCUUGAUGAUUGGGGGAGUGGCAGUCAGAGAAGUACCUGAUGAGCUGUUUGACAUGACAGACACCAACUCUACCAACAGUACAGAUGCCAGAGAUGCCAUGCGGGUGAAAGUAGCAGUGGCGGUCACCUUGCUGUCAGGAAUUAUACAGUUGUGUUUAGGAUUCCUACGUUUUGGAUUUGUAGCCAUUUAUCUCACGGAGCCUCUGGUACGUGGAUUCACAACUGCAGCAGCUGUACACGUGUUUACGUCUCAGUUGAAGUAUCUGCUUGGAAUUAAUAUCAAACGAUUCAGUGGUCCCCUCUCUGUUCUUUAUAGUUUGAUUGCUGUGUUUUCUAAUAUCACCAAAACCAACUUGGCCACUUUAGUUGUUGGACUCAUUUGCAUAGUGCUGUUGCUGAGUGGCAAAGAAAUCAAUGAUCGCUUUAAGAAGAAGUUGGUGGUUCCUAUUCCAAUGGAGAUCAUUGUGGUGGUCAUUGGUACUGGAGUUUCAUCUGGAAUGAGUCUUUCCAAGACGUAUGACGUUGAUGUUGUUGGGAACAUUCCCAGUGGAUUAUCCUCUCCCCGAAUACCUGAUGUCAGCCUCAUCUCAAGAGUGUUUGUCGAUGCAGUUGCUAUAGCUCUUGUUGGGUUUUCCAUGACUAUCUCAAUGGCUAAAAUCUUUGCUCUUAAGCAUGGCUAUACAGUUGAUGGAAAUCAGGAACUUAUUGCAUUAGGUAUCUGUAAUUCCACAGGAUCCUUUUUCCAGACUUUUGCUGUCACUUGCUCAAUGUCUCGGAGUCUUGUUCAGGAAGGCACUGGAGGAAAGACUCAGAUUGCGGGUACUCUGUCCUCAAUCAUGGUUUUCUUGGUUAUUAUUGCCAUUGGUUACCUCUUUGCACCCUUGCCACAGACUGUGCUGGCAGCAAUUGUAAUGGUCAAUCUGAAAGGCAUGUUCAAACAAUUUGGAGAUAUUGCCCACUUUUGGAGAACCAGCAGGAUUGAACUGGCAAUUUGGAUCGUAGCUUUUCUAGCUUCUGUUUUUCUGGGACUAGACUACGGCUUACUCACAUCGAUCACUUUUGCAAUAAUUACCAUUGUAUACAGGACUCAAAGCCCCCAAUAUAGAAUCCUUGGCCAGAUUCAUAACACAGAUAUUUAUUGUGAUGUGGAAGCAUAUGAAGAGGUAAAAGAAUGCCCUGGAAUUAAAAUAUUCCAGGCAAAUGCACCACUCUAUUUUGCCAACAGUGAACUGUAUACCAGUGCAUUGAAGAAAAAGACUGGUGUCGAUCCCUGCAAAAUAUUGGCAGCAAAAGUUAAAGCACAGAAAAGACAUGCAAAGGAACUAAAGCGCCUGGAUGAGCAAAAGAAGAAAACAGUUUUGAAGCUGACGAAUGACGUGGAGCAUGGUGUGAAACAUGAAGUCUUGCAAGAUGAAGUGUCGCUUAAUGGAAAAUUCUCAGCGGCAGAAGCAACUCCCCAGGAUUUAUCUGCGGAUGAACUAGAACGUUUUAUGAUACCAGGGAUCAACAUUCAAUCAAUCAUUCUGGAUUUUUCACCAGUGAACUUUGUGGAUUCAGUUGGAGCAAAAACCCUUCAAUCAAUUAUAAAAGAAUAUCAAGAAAUUGGUAUUUCAGUCUAUAUAACUGCCUGCAAUGGGUCUGUUAUGGACAACCUUGCUAGACUGCACUUUUUUGAGAAAGCAGCCCUAAGAGACUUGUUCUUUCCAAGUAUUCAUGAUGCUGUCCUCACCAGUCAGCUGACAGAUGGUUGCAGAGGGACAAUCUGUUUUGUUCACUAGAAUGCAGCUGGAUGUCCUAUGCAGCUUCAUUUCAAUAGUGCUUCCUCUCAGGUAGGUAUAUACAGGGUUGCGAUACUUCUACUACGAUGCACCCGAAAAUAAACACUUUUAGUGGGGGAAUUGAUCACAGGCUUUAAUUCCUCCGACUGUACGUUAUAGGCCUUAAGCAUCCGGGGUUUUUUCCCCCUGCCUUUCCACUAAUGUUGCCAAACUGCUGUUGCCCUGUGCUAGAGUAUUAUUGUUAAACAAACAGGCUUUUCUUCCGUGCAUUUAAACCAGAGAAUAUUGGUAUAUCUAUUAAAGGCUGUUCACAAACAUUUCUUUGUAUCUGCAAUCCUGGUCCAAGCCUGUAAUGUUGGUAGCAGAAGGCUUGUCCAUCAAAAGCAGUUUCAUUUAGCAUCAGUUUACAAACUUCAUUGGUUAUCUAGCAUAUACAGGUUUCUAGAAAUAGAAUUUGAGCCAUUCAGUUCCCCCCCACCCUUUAGCAGAGUUGCUUCUUAGCGAUGUUGUACAAAGGAUAUAUAACUCCCAUAUCCUGCCUGUUUUCCCAUGUUAUAUUUAAGGGAAGUAGCCUUUUGCAGUAUUUGUGAAUUGCUAGACUUAGAAUGCACUGUGAAUAUACAGGUAAUAAUUCUGAUAUAUUUGCAACAUACAUCUUGACUUUUUGUGUGUUUGUCUGCUUUUAGGACAAUAUAUUCUAUCAACCACCUGCUUACGGUGAAGCCCUGUUGCUUUUUAUAACCAAACGUUUCUUUCAAAUAUGAGUCAAAAGUUAAACUUCUAAAUAAACGUCAGAAGAUAAAUCUUGAAAUUUCACUGAUG